AUGGACCAGAAGUUGCUCUGGCGGGGUUUGGUGGCCUUGAUGCUACUUCAAGGUGGCUCUGCCUACAAAUUGGUUUGCUAUUUCACCAACUGGGCUCAGUACAGAGCUGGGCUGGGAUAUUUUAUUCCUGAUACCAUUGAUCCAAACCUGUGUACCCACCUUAUCUACUCCUUUGCGCAAAUCAACAACAAUAAGAUCACUCCUCAGGAGUGGAACGAUGCCACCCUGUAUCACACCUUCAAUGAUCUCAAGAAGAGAAAUCCCAACCUGAAAACUCUCCUGUCCAUUGGAGGUUCUAAAUUUGGUUCCAAAGGGUUCCAUCCCAUGGUGGAUUCUUCAGAAUCAAGAUCAACUUUUGUCAACUCUGUGAUCCCAUUCCUGAGAAAUGCUGGCUUCGAUGGGCUGGAUAUAGACUGGAUCUACCCGGAGUUGAAUGAAAAACCUUUUUUUGCUUCUCUGAUUCACGAGUUAGCUGUUGCCUUUCAGGAAGAGGCCAAAAAAUCUAGAAAAGAGAAGCUUCUCCUGACUGCAGGAGUGGCCGCAGGAAGACAAAAAAUUGAUAACAGUUAUUCGAUCAAGGAACUGGCGAGUGAUGUGGAUUUCAUCAAUCUCCUGACCUUUGACUUCCAUGGAUCCUGGGACAAUCCCCUGGUUACUGGCCACAACAGCCCUUUGAGGAAAGGAAGCCAAGACCAAAGGAACAGCGCUUACUAUAAUGUGGAAUAUGCGGUGAACUAUUGGAAGAAUCAGGGCAUGCCAGGGAAGAAGAUUGUCAUGGGCAUCCCUAUGUAUGGCCGCUCCUUCACCCUCUCUACGCCUGUAUCUAACACAGGUGUGGGGGUCCCUGCCAAGAGUGCUGGAACUCCUGGCCAAUUUACUGCAGAGGAAGGCUUCUUAGCCUAUUAUGAGGUCUGCCAGUUCCUACAAGGUGCCACUAUCACAAAGAUCCCAGAACAGCAAGUUCCCUAUGCAGUGAAGGGCAACCAGUGGGUUGGCUUUGAUAAUGUAGAGAGUGUGGAGACCAAGGUCCAGUUCUUGAAGAACUCAGGAUUGGGAGGGGCCAUGAUUUGGUCCAUUGACCUGGAUGACUUUACUGGUGAAUUCUGCAAAGAGGGCCCAUUUCCACUCCUCCAGGCAAUCAGGAAGAAACUAGGCACUGCCAAUAAAGGUAUUGAAAGUGGGAAGGAACAGCUGCCCAUCAGAAGUAGUUACGUGAAGUGGCAAGAGCUCUGA